AUGUCUUCUGCCAACAAGCCAUUAAAACACUUAGAUACUGCAAGUGAUAUUGUGAGCGCUGUGAUUUUGACCAUGAAUGCCGUGCACCCGCGCCCUUGUGUCUGCGCUCUGUGUGUUGGCACCCAGUUCGCCAGCUUCGGGCAAGUGGAUUUCAAGAGGCCUCAUUACAUGGAAGUGCUAGAAAUGCGAGCCAAAAACCCAGAGCCCCCUCCUCAUAAGUUUAAGACCAAUGUAUUACCCAUUCAACAGAGUGACUCACCAAGUCAUUGUCAGAGGGGUGAAUCUCCUGCUUCCUCAGAAGAGCAGCGAUGCAGGGCUAGGCAGCAUCUUGAUGACAUCACAGCAGCGCGCCUCCUUCCGCUCCAUCACCUACCUGCACAGCUGCUCUCCAUAGAAGAGUCACUGGCCCUGCAGAAAGAACAGAAGCAGAAUUAUGAGGAGAUGCAGGCAAAGCUCGCAGCACAGAAACUAGCUGAGAGACUGAAUAUUAAAAUGCAGAGCUACAAUCCAGAAGGGGAGUCUUCACGGAGAUACCGAGAAGUGAGGGAUGAAGAUGAUGCCCAGUCCUCGGAUGAAUUCUGAAGAUGAGCACCGGGCGAACUCUGAACCUGACUGUUGAGCCGCCAUUGCCUCAUAGCAAACUUCCUAACAAGUAUCAAGAUCAGUGUCAGACCUUGUUGAGGGAUAACAGUUUUUAAAGUUACACAAAGGUAGCUACAAAUAAGAACCCAGCUUGUCUUUCCGAAGAUGAUCUUCAUGUGCUUGAACAGUUUCAUAUUUGACAUUGUGUUUGACCGUAUUGUAUUACAGUUUUGCAGUAUGUUGUGCAUUGGUCUGAUACUUUAGUAUGAGUAGAGCACACUUUUCUUUAAGAUAGCUGCUUUCUCCUUAUUCUUACUCUUAUCAAAUAGCAUUGCUUAUAUCCCUUCUGGUGAAAUACUUAGUUUUCCCAGGCACCUAAAAUCAGUUAGGAAGACCUGGUUCCCUUUCUGGAGAAAUGAAGGGAGCAAUCUAGAGAAUGGUACGCAUGCUUUCAUGGAGUUCCUGAGAUGCUGGUGUGAAAUACUGUGGAAGACACUCAGAUUUUACAACAAUGUUUAUUUGCUGCUCCUGUCUUCUUUUGGGGUGACCGCUAUCUUCCUGUGAUGAAGAUGGAGCACCUUGAGGAGGUGCUGGAUGGGGAGGGUCUUCUGAGCUGGUGUGAGGAGCUGCUCUUGGCUUCCCCUGGCUCCUUGCUGUCUUUGAUAAUAGGUCCAUGUACAGGGCGCUCAUGUUUGGUCAGGAAACGUGUUUUUCUGAGAGUUGCGGUUGAAUUGUCGUAUAUUGCUUUUUUCCUUUUUAAACCCAAAGAGGUGUUUAUAGGCUGCAGAAACCUCAGUCUCUUGUAUGUACACAUUUGUGUUGUUUAGAAUGAUCAUAUGAUCAUCUCCAGCAAAGAUAACAAUAUGUUAUCAAAAAACCUUUGUCUAUUAUGUGGAACCUGUAAAGGAGAAAUAAAAUACCAAUCAGAGCAAC